AUGGGCUUUAUGUUAUCCUGUUCACAAAAACCAAUGAUAUUUCUUUAAUCAUUGAAAUAAUGGAUGAUAUCUUAUACUACUGAUAAGCGAAGUAUACUAAUCUCAAUUCUCUUCUUAAAUAAAAAGUAUGUUUUCUAAGAAAGUAUUGCAAAAUAUUUAAAAAUACUUCUUAAAGCAGAACCAUUGCAUUCAGAGAUACCUUUAAGAAUCACUUCAACUAAGUAAUAGAUCAAAAUUUUACCACAAAAAAGUUUUUGCUUGCCUAGUUUAUCAAUUUAUUUUUGGGAAUAUUACGUAGAAUGGCAUUGGAAAUAGUUAUAUAAGGUAAAGUGGAAAUGCUAUGAUUAAAAAAGUCAGUCAAAAUUUAAUCAGCUAAUGUAAGGGCAACAACUCUGUCAAUAUAUUACUUUACUUACCUUAAUUUUGGUUUUAAUGCACCAUUUUGUAAGUUUACAUUACAUAGAUACAGGGCAAAAUUGCAUUCAUAUGGAGAGAGGGUGCAGAAGGCAAAUAUUGGUUAGCCAAUAAAGAUGUAGCAACCUUUAAAAACUUAAUACCGAUUUUGAAUCUGAAGAAAUUAAAAACUACCUGAAACUCCUCUCUAUAGUUCUUCAGAUAUAAUUUAUGGAAUCAUUUAAUCUAUAAAUUAUGGGCGACCUCCGUAUUCCUUUUAUGGAAAAAUAGAUGCUUGAUUAAUUUUUCACUAGUUUCUUUAUUAUUUUUGUUAAGAUUAAGCAUAAAUAUGGCAGCUUUUUAUUUAUCUAGCUAAAAUAAAUUAAAUCUACCAGCACUAUGUCAGAAUUGAUGUGA